GAGAGACUACCCACUUCCACCCUUUUACUUAGACUUCCUGACGUAGCCUCUAUCCAAGAGCUCUGUCCCACAUUGGUACUGCCCAGGUAGAGCUUUCUAACCCCAAGAUACCACUCCGUUCAGACGCUCCCAUCCUCCAUCCCUGAGACCCGGGGCAGGACCGCACCUCACGGGCCUCCGGUGCCGCAAGCUACCCCGCUAGUUGCAACAAGGGGCGGGGCGGGGCUUUGUGCACGUCGGCUUUUCGGGAAGAGCUUUACGAUACAUUGACCGACAUUUUACGACAGGCGGGGUUACUUUGUGGCUGUGAGCUUUCCCCGAGGUCUGAGUUUGUGGCUGCAUUUUUAUACCUGGUGGCUCUGCUACGGCGGCGCAGGAAUGAGGCAGAAGCGGAAAGGAGAUCUCAGCCCUGCUGAGCUGAUGAUGCUGACUAUAGGAGAUGUUAUUAAACAACUGAUUGAAGCCCACGAGCAGGGGAAAGACAUCGAUCUAAAUAAGGUGAAAACCAAGACAGCUGCCAAAUACGGCCUUUCUGCCCAGCCCCGGCUGGUGGAUAUCAUUGCUGCCGUCCCUCCUCAAUAUCGCAAGGUCUUGAUUCCCAAGUUAAAGGCGAAACCCAUCAGAACUGCCAGUGGGAUUGCUGUUGUGGCUGUGAUGUGCAAACCCCACAGAUGUCCACACAUCAGUUUUACAGGAAAUAUAUGUGUAUACUGCCCUGGAGGACCUGAUUCCGAUUUUGAGUAUUCCACUCAGUCUUACACUGGCUAUGAGCCAACCUCCAUGAGAGCUAUCCGUGCCAGAUAUGACCCUUUCCUACAGACAAGACACCGAAUAGAGCAGUUAAAACAACUUGGUCAUAGUGUGGAUAAAGUGGAGUUUAUUGUGAUGGGUGGAACGUUUAUGGCUCUUCCAGAAGAAUACAGAGAUUAUUUUAUUCGAAAUUUACAUGAUGCCUUAUCAGGACAUACUUCCAACAAUAUUUACGAGGCAGUCAAGUAUUCUGAGAGAAGCCUCACAAAGUGUAUUGGAAUUACUAUAGAGACCAGACCAGAUUACUGCAUGAAGCGGCAUUUAAGUGAUAUGUUGACCUAUGGCUGCACAAGGCUGGAGAUUGGGGUGCAGAGUGUUUAUGAAGAUGUGGCUAGAGACACCAACAGGGGCCACACUGUGAAGGCAGUGUGUGAGUCAUUUCACCUGGCCAAAGAUUCCGGUUUCAAAGUGGUGGCCCAUAUGAUGCCUGACCUGCCAAAUGUGGGACUAGAAAGAGACAUUGAACAGUUCACAGUAAGUUUUUUUGAGAACCCUGCUUUUCGUCCCGAUGGUCUGAAACUCUAUCCUACCCUGGUGAUUCGUGGGACUGGGCUUUAUGAGCUUUGGAAAUCAGGAAGAUAUAAGAGUUACUCUCCUAGUGACCUGGUCGAACUGGUGGCUCGGAUCCUAGCCCUUGUGCCUCCAUGGACUCGAGUGUACCGAGUGCAGAGGGAUAUUCCAAUGCCUUUAGUCAGCUCAGGAGUAGAGCAUGGUAACCUGAGAGAGCUGGCACUUGCAAGAAUGAAAGACCUCGGAAUACAGUGUCGAGAUGUGAGAACCAGAGAAGUUGGAAUCCAAGAAAUUCAUCACAAAGUACGGCCAUACCAGGUUGAACUGGUAAGGAGAGAUUAUGUUGCAAAUGGUGGCUGGGAAACAUUCUUAUCAUACGAAGACCCAGAUCAAGACAUUUUGAUUGGCCUCCUACGAUUACGCAAGUGUUCAGAAGAAACUUUCCGUUUCGAAUUGGGUGGAGGUGUCUCCAUAGUACGAGAGCUGCAUGUGUAUGGAAGUGUGGUCCCUGUGAGCAGCCGGGAUCCUACCAAAUUUCAGCAUCAGGGAUUUGGCAUGCUGCUGAUGGAGGAAGCAGAAAGAAUAGCUAGAGAAGAACAUGGAUCUGGGAAAAUCGCUGUGAUAUCAGGGGUCGGCACCAGGAAUUAUUAUAGAAAGAUCGGCUACAGAUUACAAGGCCCGUACAUGGUGAAGAUGCUGAAAUAAUGGCCACACCAGUCCACCUUUCUGCAGUAUCCUCCCUGGCAGAACACGGAGAAUCAGGAUUUCUUAAAUACUCAACAGAGAGGCUGAGCAGAGCAAAUAGGGGACUUCACCCUCAUCCCGCAGCUGCAGAGACUGGAAACUGCCUUCAAGGCCACGGCUGGUCAUCUGCUGACCACACCCCAGAUCCGUCGUCUCCUGUGUGCACCCAAAAAAAAUUAUUUGCAUUUUUGAGGCUUAAAUCGUCUAUCUAGUUUCUAAAUUUUGCAUGAGGCCUGCAGGUGGCCUAUUUUGACUCAGACGGUGACAAAAGCAAAUUAACUCAUUUGGACACCAUAACUCAUGAAAUAAAACUGAUUGUCAUUCGAGAAGCAAACUUAGGAGUAGGUUAUUUAUAUACCCUAGGGACAGAAAGUCAGGUUGAAACAGGAAAACCACCAGACUCUGAUCUCAGGCCUUUAACGACAUAUGCAUUGGAGCGCAAGUUAGGAAAAUGAGCUUUUGUUUUCAUGGAAAUCAUUCUGAUUACGGUGCUGAUUUAGAAAUAGCAGUGUGACGGGGAAAGAGGAAUUGCAGUUGUGGGGGAGUGAGCUGGCAGCAGCCGGCCACCAGCCUCUCCCAGGCGGGAGUCCACCAUCCGAGACGGCGAUGACAAAGCUUCAUUUCACGUUCUUUGUUGUCUCUACUUCCCACCCUCUUGGCAACUACAGAGCAGUGUGGGCAGCCACAAGUGUGGUCCCCAGAGAGCGUCUGGCUUUCCUGUUUGUCUAUCCCGAGCGGGUGGAAUCUGAGAUUGUGUGCCCCUAAAUCAAGAUUUGCUUCCACAGAAGCCAUUACUUGCAAUUUUUUUUUUUUUUUUUUUUUGAGAGAGUCUCGCCCUGUCACCCAAGCUGGAGUGCAGUGGCGCGAUCUCACGGCAUCGUCAGCCUCCCAAGUAGCUGGGAUUACAGGCACCCGCCACUGCACCUGGCUAAUUUUUAUAUUUUUAGUAGAGAUGGGGUUUCACCAUAUUGGUCAGGCUGGUCUCGAACUCCGGACCUCAGGUGAUCCAUCCACAUCAGCCUCCCUAAAUGCUGGGAUUACAGGCAUGAGCCACCACACCCAGCCUUUAAUUUUUUAAGGUGGACUUUGGUUGUUAUAAAUGGAGAAAGGUAAGAGUUCAAGUUCAACUUGUGUGAAAGCAAAACAAUGGAAAACAGGAUUGGCUUCUUCAAAGGCUCCUCUUGUAGAACUGCCUCUUUGAGAUUUCGAGGUAAUCUACUUUGGAGACUCUGCCUGGAGAGGGUCAGUUCCUAAGUUAAGAGCAUUGCUUAACCUUGGCUCCUGUGGCAUUUUACAAAGGUUUAAAGGAAUUGAUUCCUCUGAAAGGGCCUGAAAAUAAAAAGUCCUUAACAUACAAA